AUCACUCAAUCGAGUAGCCAAUGCAUGGGGAAAAUUACGUUCUCGUCACUAUUCAAUCAAUGCGUGAUGUAGAUUAUGAAGUUUUAAUUAUUUUGUAGCUCUUAUAUAAAUGUCUGGAAAAGCAGGGGAUCAGCUUUUAGGUCGCCCAAUUCCAUUUUACAUUUAAAAUUUUAUAUUUUGAUAUCCUUUUCCUCUUCACCUUAGACAGUCACAUUUGUUGAAGAAGAUGAAUUCGUUCAAACUUAAACAAAGUUUUAGUAGAAGCGAACUUUCAAUAUGUUAUCUUAUCAGUCUUAGUCUAUGAGGAAAUUCUGGCUCAAUAUGAAUGCUUUCAUUAAACUCUUGAUUUUACUAUGCUCUACGAUUUCUAUUUUCUGUUCUACCCAACCUAAAGAAAAACCUGAUUUGUUACGAGUAUGUUAUUAUACUGUAGAUAAUCCAGCACCUAUUCUCCUCAACACAACUUUAUGUACUCAUAUUAUUGCUGGAUUCUCAGUUGUUACAAAUGGUGUGCUUGACUUAGGAAAUGAUUACAAAAAGAAAUUGUAUUUCCAAACUACAGAUUUAAAAAAGAAUAACCCUGAAUUGAAAGUACUGUUAACUGUUGGUGGAGGUGGCAGUAAUGGAGGUUUCUCAGAAGCUUUAAAUUCUACUUCCAACAGAACAAAAUUUAUUAUUUCAACACUGGCAACUUUAGGGAAAUACAAUUUUGAUGGAUUUGAUAUUGAUUGGGAAUUUCCUGUCUGGAAUGAUGGUAUUAAGGAAGACAAAAGUAACUUUAUCUCAUUCCUCAAAGAAUUUAGAGCUCUUUCUACUUUUUAUGCUCACUUAGUCGGCAAACCUCCUCCUUUAUUGACUGUAGCUGUUGCUGCUGUACAAAAUAUCAUUACCUCUUCUUAUGACAUUCCUGGGAUGGCCAAGUAUGUUGAUUUCAUUAAUUUGAUGAGUUAUGAUUAUCAUGACUUCUUUUGGUAUACUCCAUUUACUGGCCAUAAUAGUCCACUUUUUAACAGUUCAAGAGAAAAGGACUAUUUUUCUACUCUUAAUACAGCAUGGUCUGCAAAUUAUUGGCAUGAACAAGGGAUGCCAAAAUCUAAAAUUAUGGUUGGAAUCCCUACAUAUGCUCAUACCUAUGUACUUGUAAAUCCACGUUUUCAUGGUGUUGAUGAUCCAGCUGCUGGUACAAAAGAUGACAUCAGUUUUUCUGAUGUUUGUAAAUUUUUAUCAUCUGGGGGAACUAGAGUUUUUGAUAAUGAAAGUCAAGUUCCAUAUGCUUAUAAAGAUUAUGAUUGGGUGUCUUAUGAGGAUCCAGUUAGCAUUUCUGGAAAGGCCAAGUGGAUCAAAUCUGAAGGAUAUGGUGGUGCAAUGACUUACAAUUUGAACUCUGAUGACUGGUCAUGUGUUUGUGAUAAAACUCCAUUUCUCUUGCAUCGCAUUAUUUAUGACAUUUUCACAAAAUGAUUUUAUAUCAGUAUUAAUAUAAAUAUAUUUAUUUUUCUUCAGGUAUUUUAUGUAUUGUUAUCUUUUAUUAUGCUUUUAAAUAAAGCUUUUUAUUAUACCAUA